GGAUUGAGAAAGAACUGUAGAGGCAGCACUACUGCUGAAAGUAGAGCGCCCUGGUGUUAAAAAUGUAAAGCAUAGUGAUGUAAACAGUGUAAUAAAUAGUAUUAGUUGAAAUAAAUAAUGAAAAAAAUAAUUAAAUUCGGGUUUUUGUCCGUCAAAAAUACCCAUAUUAGGGGUCAAAAUGACAUAAAAGGAAAAAAAUUAUUCAAGUCAGGACACGUUUUGAAUGGUGUAGAAACAGAAGAUUCAAAUAAACAUUCAACCAUAACCUGCUCAGUUGUCACUCAAACCAAAGUUUCCGAUAUUUACAGUAUAAAAAUUGAUGUCCUUUCAGUACAAAAGUCACUACGACAUGGAUAUUUUUCUAUACCAUGGCUUUUGUUUUGGCAAAAUCAUUCAAUAAUUCGAUACCGCUAGAUCAGCAAAUACAACAAUUUAUUGAUCACGAGUGUCAAGUAGAGAAAUGUGAUGUAUCAAAAAUCGAAUGGCCGCAUGUAAGAAAACGAUCUAUUGACUCGAAAAUUCUGCUUUCAAUAAUGAUUUUUGGUAAAUCAGUAAUUUUGAACCUUGUACCGUCAAAAAAUUUGUUAGUUGGAUCUAACACUCCAGUCUAUUAUUUAGACACUCAAUAUGAUUUUUUACGAAUCAAAGUGAAAACACAUAUAUUUCGCGAAGAACAAUGGGAGUUGUAUGAAGACGAAAAAGAAUUCACUUCAAUUUAUGUCAAAAUUUAUCCUGACGGAUCUAGACGAAUUCAAUUUGGUUACGUAGGAAGUGAACUUUAUACAAUUGAACCUGUGUCAGAAAAUUUUCCUGACUCUGAAGGAAGCUACUAUUUGGCGCGAGCUUAUAACAGAAUCCAUAAUAUUACAGAAGCCUUGAUCAAAAGUUGGCAAUCAAUCUCCGAAGUGGUUUAUCCGGAAUUACUGUUGAUAAUUGAUAACCAAGUGUAUGCUAAAUACAAUGAAAACCAAAAUUUGUUUCCUUACUUAUUGACAUUUUGGAAUGUCGUCAAUCUGCUAUUUCGUCCAUUGAGAGAUCCGAGAAUAGAAACAAGUAUCGCCGGGAUUAUGAUUGCUCAAGAUGAAAAAGUCAUCCAUUAUAUGAGUGGAAAUCAAUAUGAAUAUAAGAAAAAGAAUUAUGUAUGCUACGAAGAAAUGGCGCUUACCGUAUCUAAAUAUUUGUACAGUAGACAAGAUAUUAUUCCUCAAGAUACUUAUGAUAUAUUUUUCGUUUUAACGACAAAACCAGAUGAUAAUAGUGAUGAUUCGGAGUUCAUUCACGGUCUAUCAAUCUUCGGAGGUGCUUGUCAUAUUGACACAAGUACAAAGGAACUAAAUCGAGCUAUUGUUAUGUACGAAAGUAAUCAUGUUACUGACAUAAAUGUUGCUGUUCAUGAACUGGCUCACUCAUUAAACGUUCAACAUAAUGAGGACGUAGAUAUUAGUUGUGUGUUUCCUGAUACUAUAAUGUCGACAGACUUGGAAAAUCUUAGCAGAAAUUGGUCCAAAUGUUCAAUUGACACUUUGCGUAAUAUUUCCAGAAAUAGAAAAUUUUCAUGUCUGUACAACACACCUAAUUUCAUAAACCCGCUAAUUGAUGAUGAACAAGGUAUUACUCGAAGUCCAAAUGGGAAAUGGUUGGAAUUUCGUGCGGUUAUAAGCAAGGAAAUGAGAGAAUUGAUAGAUCCAAAAGAAUUUAACAGUAAUAAAGCGAUUGAAGUUUCAUUUGAAAAUAAUAAAAUAGUGAUUCAACUGAUUAAAAAAUCAUUAUCUACGUUAAGAAAUGUUUCAAGGCAAUAUAAUUUCAUUAGAAUUGUGCCUGAUGAUGAAAAAAUAAUCAUCGAUUUAAAGUCUAUCAACUUGAUGAAAAAUAUAAAUAUAUUUUAUCAAAAUAAAUCUAUACAUGUUUAUCAAGAUGCAGAUGAAGAACUUGGUGGAAGAAAAAAUCUUCCAACUUUACCUCCUUUGCAUAUUUCUGCAAACAGCGAAGAUUUAAUAACUAUCAAAACUCAUGACCUUGAUUUUAACAAACUGAUUGAAGUGUUUUACGAGGAUAACAAAUUAGUGGUUACUCAAAAUAUCAAAAUGAUGGAGGAUGAAUUUUUUUCUGGGAACGAUGUGAUUGAUCUUAAUAAAAAUUACGUUGUGUCUGAUGAUUUUAAAGUAUAUAUCCGCCCGUUUCAAUUAAACUCUGAUCAAGUAAUACGUAUUUAUCAUAACAAUACAUCAAUAUAUAUUUCUCUAAGUGAUAUCGGAAAUAUGAAUGAUUGAGAUAGUCUGUUUUCACUUAUUUUCUUUUUUACAACAUUAUGAAAAGUCUGUAACUUUUUUAGAUUUAAAUAAAAAUUUAAUCACAUACUGCAAAAAA